AAUUAAUUUUGCUGCAUUAAUUAUUUUGGAGAGAAAUGGCUUUCGCCAGCAUUGUGAAACGUUCUCUGCGCUCCGGGUUGCAGUUACAGGGUUUUGGGUUACAGCCGCCGCAGUCCUCUGUAAUAGGAUGCGGCUUACUAAGUUCGCAUCAGCACCGCCGUGCAGCUGCGAAAUGGUACCCGGAUCCGGAAUUCAUGAAGCAGUUCAGCGGCCCUGUGAUGUAUCCCGACGAAAUAACUUCGCUCUGGAAAGUGCCCCCAUGGAAUAGCAAAGUCACGCCCGUCGAAAAGUCGGUGCGCAAUUUGACACUUAACUUCGGUCCGCAACAUCCCGCUGCUCACGGAGUACUCCGGCUGGUGCUAGAACUGGACGGCGAGACUGUUAUGCGCGCGGACCCACAUAUCGGAUUGCUGCACCGUGGCACGGAGAAGCUUAUUGAGUACAAGACGUAUACGCAGGCUCUUCCCUAUUUUGAUCGUUUGGAUUAUGUUUCGAUGAUGUGCAACGAACAGUGUUACUCUCUGGCCGUAGAAAAGCUACUUAAUAUUGAUGUGCCUCUCCGGGCCAAGUACAUACGCACGCUGUUUGCUGAAAUAACACGCAUUCUAAACCACAUAAUGGCUGUAGGGACACAUGCCCUAGACGUUGGCGCACUCACACCGUUCUUUUGGCUCUUCGAGGAGCGCGAAAAAAUGAUGGAGUUUUACGAGCGUGUUUCCGGAGCCCGUAUGCACGCUGCGUAUAUUCGACCUGGUGGUGUGUCGUUGGAUAUGCCGAUUGGUUUAAUGGACGAUAUCUAUGAGUUUGCCUCAAAAUUCGCCGAGCGCCUAGAUGAAGUGGAGGAUGUGCUUAGCACCAACCGCAUCUGGGUGCAACGUACUGAGGAUAUCGGCAUUGUAACUGCUGAGGAGGCUCUUAACUAUGGCUUCAGUGGCGUCAUGCUUCGUGGUUCAGGCAUCAAAUGGGAUUUGCGGAAGCAGCAGCCAUACGACGCCUAUCAUCUUGUGGACUUUGACGUGCCGAUCGGCACAAAAGGAGACUGCUAUGAUCGCUAUCUUUGCCGCAUCGAGGAAAUGCGUCAGUCCCUGCGCAUAAUCGACCAGUGCCUCAAUCAAAUGCCUGCAGGAGAAAUUAAGACGGACGAUGCUAAAGUGACGCCUCCGUCGCGUUCCGAAAUGAAAACUUCUAUGGAGGCACUGAUUCAUCAUUUCAAGCUAUUUACUCAAGGCUUCCAAGUGCCACCUGGCGCCACAUAUACAGCUAUAGAAGCUCCCAAAGGCGAGUUCGGUGUUUAUUUAGUGUCAGAUGGCUCCAGCCGUCCAUAUCGCUGUAAGAUCAAAGCUCCCGGAUUUGCCCACUUAGCGGCGUUAGAGAAAAUUGGCAAACAGCAUAUGUUGGCCGAUGUCGUUGCCAUUAUUGGAACAUUGGACGUAGUUUUUGGCGAAAUAGAUCGAUAGACGAAGAUCAUUUAUUCAAUAUUAUGCUUUCAUGAACUUGUAUAUGAAAACUGGUUAUUAAAAUCAGAGUUAUGGUCGUAACAAA